GCUCUCAGUUCGUCGUCGACCUUUCAGUCUUUCGCCAGCAACUCCACCGCAGCAUCAACACCCACAUCUCACAUCCAACAUGAGCAGCUACGAUAAAGAGAAGGUCGCCGGCGGAGAGGCCCCGAAGCUCCAGAAGUUCCGCAUCACUUUGACCUCGCGAAAGGUCCAGCAGCUCGAGAAGGUCUCGGGCGAGCUCGUUGCUCGGGCUCAGGGCUUCAAGAUGAAGGUCAAGGGACCCGUCAGACUACCAACAAAGUUCCUCCGUAUCUCCACCAGAAAGACCCCCAACGGUGAGGGUUCCAAGACCUGGGACUCCUACGAGAUGCGCAUCCACAAGCGCAUCAUCGACCUCGAGGCCCCCUCCAACGCCGUCAAGCAGAUCACCUCCUUCAACAUCGAGUCCGGUGUCGAGGUCGAGGUCACCAUCGCCGCUUAAAUCACGCAAACCCCCGUCUUCGAAUAAAAAAAAACCACCUUUCAUCAAAAGUAUAUACACAGGCAUGUUUUGGAACGAAAAUGGGAAUUAUGUGUGCAAAAAAAAAGAAAAGAGGGUUGUGUGUGUAUUAUUAUCGCUUUAUAUAAUAUUAUGAUACUUUUAACAUACAACAACUGAAGGAAGCUGCAGUCAACUAAUCUCCAACAAGACUCUUCUUUCUUCUAUCUUUUCUUUCGUACUCAUCCUCUCUUUCCUCCUCUGCGUCUGUGUGUGUGUGCGUGUGCGUGUGUGUUUGUCGUCUUUGCUUCCUCUUUUGCCGGUUUCGUUUCCGUUUUAUGUUAGGACUUCAUGUAUUGUAAUAAAAAAAUAAAUAUGAUACAAUCAUAAUCA